GUUUUAAAUACACAAACCAUUGCUAAAUCUCUGACUUUGUUUGGCUGUAUGUUUAACUCGACUGACUUUAAAACUCCACUCAUUGCUGGCAAAGAGUGCGCAACUAAACAGGGUCUCGAUUGGGCGGCCAUUGAUGAGUGCGCGACGGGACCGUUGGGUCGGGGACUACACCUUCAGGCUGGAGAGGUGUACAAUAAGGCCACUCCCAAGGGCUUCACUUUACCACAUAUUGUGAUUGAUGGUAAAUGGACGGCAGAGAUCAAUGAUAAAGCUGAAAAGGACCUGGUGGCACUCGUAUGUGACACCUAUACUGGCACAAAACCAGACGCGUGUAAAAAAUAAGCAAAGUUAUAUAUUUUUGUCAAAUAUUAAAUGUUUGCAUUAAAUUAUUAAAUACUUUAUUUUAAUUGUGAAA